CACCAUGCGCAUAUUCGCAUCAAUCGUUGAGGCGUGCACGAAAUACUUCUGGAUUUUCCUGGUCACCUUUGGUGUACCAGGGAACGUCAUCACCGUGGUCGUAUCAGUUCAGAGGUCAAACCGGGCGAUUGCUGCGUGUCUUUACAUGGCUGCAAUUGCCACGGCAGACUUUCUAGUCCUUGUUACCUCCGGAUCUUGUUAUACUUUGAUGUUUUGGAUCGUUGGGGAAAGCCUCCGUGAGGUUCCAUUGCAAUGCUGUUGGUAUUCCGUCUACACAUUCGGCACGCUAUCAGGACUGUCCCUUGCCCAGAUGUCCAUCGAUCGCCUCAUUGCGGUCCGUUUCCCCCUGCGUGCCAUCCAGCUGUGUACCACAGGCAGGACCAAGAGGACAGUAGCCAUCACGUACACCACCAUCAUCACCUUGAACCUGCACGUCUUCUUUGUCUAUAAGAAAGAAGGUCCGCUAAUGCUCAAUGUGGUCAUCCCUGGUCACCAUGUUUUACAGACUUUGGUUCUCCAAUAUCAUCUUUUUAUCGGUACGGUACUGCCAUUUGCCGUCAUCGUCGUCUGCAAUAUUUGGAUCAUCGUCACCCUGAAGAAUUCUGCAAAAUGGAGAAAGCAGACGAACAAAACGACAGUUAACAAUGGCGGACAGAAAUCUCGCGAGACGAGUCAUCUGACUCGGAUGUUAGUUACCGUCUGCGUUGCCUAUGUGGUGACGACGAUACCGUAUAGAUUAUAUGUAGUAUUCAUGGAGGGUGUUCCCGAACUUGUCGAUCUUUAUGACAUGAACGAGACAUACUGGAAUCUCCGCUACACUGCCCAAUAUUGGUUAUUUUCGAAUCUUUGGGUUUCAAAUUACGGGAUCAACUUUUAUCUUUACUGCGUCGGCGGUGGAUCGAAGUACAGAAAUGAUGUCAAGAAAAUGGUUAAAAAACUACUUCGAUUGAAUAAAUAAUCUGUGUAAUAUCAAAAAGAAGAAAGUUUCUCAGACACGCGAAGAGGAGGCAAAAAUCCUAAAGGCCCAACAAACCGAUAUGCUAUUAAUAAUGAUGAUGACGGAGGGAGAAGUUUUCUGUCAGUUUGAUCGUAACUUCCAAUUAACUUCCCACUUCUGCCACCACUGGAACGUACGCGCGAAAAAUGAUAACAUAUGGAACUCUGCAAUCUCCCAAUGAGAGGACGCGCACGUCGCGUACAUUCGAGUGUGGUCACGCACCUGAAGUCGUUAGCCUUUUUCCCUUUAAAAUGUUACUUUCUACAAUGCUCAUAACUUUUUAC